CGCAUAAAACCAGCCAUCCUAUAGCGGACGCGAACGAUUACAGCGACAACAUAGUCAAUUGUUGAGCUAGGUUGCACUGGCUAGGUUGCUGGCUUUGCGGUCCUGUCGCAAAUUCCUAUGCUUGUGUAUGUGCUUAGUUAAACAACUGCUCGCCCCACGCUGAGAGGUUGCUUCGAGGCGCACGCAUUGCCCUCUGGCCAGAGUUUGGACGACCCCAGUGACGCAGAAUGGCGCGCACGAAGCAGACUUCAAGGCAAUACAUGAAGUCACCCCCAGGCGUGGGCAUCAAGAAGAAGGCUGCAAAGGUCCUUAAGGCGCAGACAGCGGUUGGGCAGCGCACUCCCACCAGGGCCACUGCCGCGGGCAUCAAGCCCGAGCGUGUUGAGACGGGACGUCUGGGGCCCAAGUCUCCGCCGCGCAAGUCUCCGGCACGCCGUGGUCCGCCGCCCUUGCGUGGUCGGGGUGUCACGCUGGGAGUUGCGCGCAAGAAGCCUGCCGCGGUGCCUCCACCAAAGCCCAAGCGUCGCGUUCGCCGCGGCACUGUUGCGCUGCGGGAGAUUCGCAAGUACCAGAAGACAACGGAGCUGCUCAUCCGCCGCGCCCCCUUCCAGCGGCUGGUUCGCGAGAUUGCAAACAAGGGCGCUCCCGGCGGCCAGGCGGAGUUCCGGUGGCGGGCGGAUGCGCUGGAGGCCCUGCAGGAGGCGGCAGAGGCCCACCUCAUUGCCAUGCUGGAGGACUCCAACCUGUGCGCCAUCCACGCCAAGCGCGUGACCAUCAUGCCCAAGGACAUGCAGCUGGCGAAGCGGCUGCGCCGCGAGGACGAGGCGUCCUCGUGAUGGCGCAGCACCCUUCGACCCGUGGUUAGUGAUGCCAGACGGGCGUGGAUGGUGGAUGCCGCUGCUGUGUGAGGUGAGCCGAUGAGCGGAAGGUUAUGUGAGCUAACCUUGCGUUCCAAGUCACUCCGUCGCUGCCAUGUGCUUCGGAUGCACGCUACCUCACAGCGUACGUGCUCAUGGCUCGGGCGUAAUGGCUGGGCGUGGUCCCGGACCCGGGUGACCCCGGUGGUUUCUUUUCCUGGUUCUUUCAAGGUGGCUGGGUUGAUAACGACCCGGGAUCAGCCCUUUUCCUGCCAUAAGGCAGCCACCUCCUUGUUAGUUCAGUUCUGGGGGACAUGAUUUGCGUUUAGUUUCUUAGAGCAUCGUCAAUAAAACGAUUGAUUGGGUUCGGCGAGGUGCUCGUGUACACUAUAGGUGACAUACAUUCCGCGUCAUGCAGCCUUCGGUAGAAGUAAGACAGGUGUACCAGUACAAGCGAAUGGUAGGCUGCGGCGGCCGUGUCUUGGGCCCAGGUCAGGGAUAGACCCACAAGUGUAACAAUCCAUUGAA